ACACACACAUACGUGUUUAUAUUAUAUAUUAUAUUAUAGAGUUCCAUGAUCUACAAAACUGUAUAUACAAUUGCUUGGUAUGAAUUACCAGUUUUAUUCAAAACAGAGAUAUGUUUGCUUAUGUUGCGUAGUCAAAAACCGAGUAAAAUAACCGCAGGAAAAUUUUACGUAAUGCAUCUGGAGAAUUUUAAUGCAGUGUUGAGCACGGCUGCCUCAUACUUCAUGUUGCUCCGAAGUUUUGGCUCGGAUGAAACUACUGUUAAAUUAUAAUUGAAUAAAAUCG